GCCACCCCCCUCCUAGGCCUGUAGGCCUCCAGUACACGCAACCCUCGUCGUCGACCCCCGCAUCGUCCUAGGCACCGAGAUACACACGCCAAGAGCAUGUACACGCUGCUUCUACUCGUAGUACUACUCGCUUUUCUCUUGGAGCCAGCAGCAGCAUCAAGUCCGAUCAUGGACCACACACUGCCUGGCAUGCCAUUGGACCAAUUAUACUCAGAUGCAGAUCGCCUACUCAACCCCAUCUGCCAGCUCUGCGCCAUUCCCCUCUACCAGUGCAUUCAUGCCAUGCCUCAAACGCCAUAUGUCGCCCUGCGAAUGCUCGACAAUGAGCCGGAACCUUUUCACGCCCCGCUGCCAAACUUCGACCCGACGGAAGUAGACCUAGCACUUCUCCGCGAAUACGUCACGGGGGAGAAUAGGCACCCACUGAUUAGCGAGUACAUUUACGACAUGGAUGCGAAUGGGACGACAGUCCAACCUACUACGAUUAUAGAGCAUAUCAAGGACAUCUACACACCUGGCGAUCGCCUACAGUCGCCGCGGUCAGGGUCACGUAAGGCAUCGCAUAAGCGGCAGGCACCGCGACUUGGGGGAUACCCUUGCACAUUUGAGGGUUGCGAGAAGAUAUUCGACCGUAAUUGCGAGUUGAACCGUCACCAGAAGACCCACUUGGACCGUUCUGAGCGCCCUCACAAGUGCUUCACCUGCAACGAGGGCUUUCUAUACCCGAAGGACCUCCACCGCCAUGAGCGAAAACACAUACAGCAACCGUCAGAUCAAGUCACCUUCUUCUGCCAUUAUCCAGGUUGUGGCAACCUCGAGGGCUUUUCACGUCGCGACAAUCUCUUGCGACAUCAACGGAAGCAGCACGCCGCUAUAGUUGCCGCCGCUCAGGCUUGAAAUCAUCAUACUUCGUCGGCGUGGUGAGACAUUGUUCGUCACCGCUGACGGGGAGCAGUGAUUUCCAUCAGUGCUCUC